AUGAAUAAGGCAACAAAAGAUCUGGCAAACUCGUCGUCAGGAGGAAGCUUCAAGCAACUGAGAGUUAGCGAAGUGAAAAAGGUCCUAGAGAAGCUUCUAAGCGCGAAGAAGGAGUACGACAAUUCGAGAGAUGGAUAUAGCAGAGAAAGGAUUGCGAGGGUUCAACUACCAGCCAGUACAGAGGAAUUCUCAGAUGGUGAAUUAGAAAAACAGGGGGAUGCUGCAAAAAACCUUCUACCUGCAGACACACUUUCCCCACAAGUUGAUUUAAAGAAACUGCCAGCAAACCUGAAGUGUGUCUUCCUCGGGGAGGAAGACUCAUACCCGGUGAUUAUCAGCAGCAGCCUUACGGAAGAGCAAGAGACGAAACUACUGACUGUGCUAAGCAAGAACAAAAGAGCAAUUGGAUGUAGCCUUACAGAUUUGGUGGGAAUAAGCUCUGAUGUCUGUAUGCACCACAUCAGGCUAGAAGAAGGAGGGAAAGCACAUCUGGACCUCGCAUCAAAGGCAGUAGGAGGAGGUGAAGAAGCUAGCACGCCAGAAGCAGGGGAGAGUGAUGCACACAUCGAGAAGGAUGAGACCGUAGUACGAACAGAGGAGCUAGAGCCAGUGGCACCUCCAGUGUCGAAACCGAAGGCAGUUAAAAGGAAAUUGGUGUUGAAGAGCGAUCUUAAGGCAGAACGGCCGAAGCCGAAGAGAGUGUCGCAAAGAUGCCUAGGGAAAUGGACAUCCAGCAAGGCGAAAGCAAACACAGCAGCGGAUGCAGUGGAGGUUUCGAGUGAAGAAGAAAGGACUACUCCUACAAAACCUAGGGAGCAAUCCUUAUCAACUACUAACUUGGAAGAUGCUUCGACGGCAACCGAAGUGGUCACCCCCACGCCGAGUGACCAGAGAGAGGAGACUGAUAAGAUGGCUGAGGGUCUGGACCUCGCAUUUGAGUCGGUAGGUCACGAUGAGCCAAGAGAUGACCGUACCCAUAUCCGCGUGGAGACCCAGCCUACUGCCCAGGACAAGCCUUCAACACAAAUAGAGAAGAGACCGGAAGAAGAUGAAGACGGAAAUGAGGACAGGUACCGCGAGGAAAGAAAAAAGAAGGGGAAAGCCCCUGUUACAAAGAAGCCAAGCCGCAAGAAGCAACACACAGUCAACGCAGGCGUCGUCAUCACGAAACCAGAUCAGAGAGCCCCACCGCGCCGAAGGGAGCCGAGCGACAGCGAAUAUACUGCCAGUGAAGAGUCGGGAUCCGACAAUGACGUCUCCCUAUAG